CACCGAGACAGGCGGUGCAUUGGUUGGGUGGGCGAAGUGAGGUGGCGCGUGCUGGCGUCAGCGAGUAAGUCACGUGGUCGCUGGCUCAUUUUGCAAAGUGCUUCGCCAUGCCUGCCAGCCUCGACCGGUCCUCGCUCGUCUUCCUCGCGCAGCUCGCCGAGCAGGCCGAGCGCUACGACGAGAUGGCCGACUACAUGAAGACGGUCGUGACCUCGGACGCGACGCCGCUCGACCUCGAGGAGCGCAACCUCCUCGCCGUCGCGUACAAGAACGUCAUUGGCAGCCGCCGGGCCGCGUGGCGUGUGCUCCAGGCCAUCGAGACGCACCGCAAGAGUGAGCGCGUCGAGCACGUCCAGAAGUACCGCCUCAAGAUCGAGGCCGAGCUCCAAGCGACGUGCGACGAGAUGCUCGAGAUGCUCAACAAGCAGCUGCUGCCGUCGGCGUCGUCGCCCGAAGACAGCGUGUUCUACCUCAAGACGCAGGGCGACUACUACCGGUACCUCGCCGAGUUCCAGUCCAAGGAGCAGGGCGCGUGCGAGAAGGCGCUGGCGUGCUACGGUCAAGCCACGGACAUUGCGACGUCCAAGCUCCACUCGACCAACCCGCUCCGCCUCGGCCUCGCGCUCAACUUUGCAGUCUUCUACUGCGAGAUCAUGAAGCUGCCGGACCGCGCGUGUCAGCUGGCCAAGCAGGCGUUCGACGACGCGAUCGCCGACAUGGACUCGCUCACGGAGGAGAGCUUCCGGGACGCGGCGAUGAUUCUGCAGAUCAUUCGCGACAACCUGACGCUGUGGACGUCCGAAGAGGACGACGACCACCACCCGUAAUAACCUAAGCUAAUGCAAUGUAAUUUGAUGACCC